AUGGUCGACAUUCAGCCCUAUAAUAUUAUAACUGUAUCAUUAUACUUAGCAACUGGACAGCACUUCUCCGCAUUGCAUUUUGAAUUUUUGGCUGGUGUGUCAACUAUAGCCAUGAUAGUCCGAGAAACUUGCAAAGUUUUAUGGACAAUUUUACAACCAACUGAAAUGGCAGAACCCACUACAAAUGAUUGGCUUAGUAUAACUAAAGGUUACUUUGAAAAGACGCAGUUCCCGAAUACUGUUGGUGCAGUAGAUGGAAAACAUAUACGGAUUGAGUGCCCAAAAAGUAGUGGCUCGUUAUACUAUAAUUAUAAACACUUUUUUUCACUGAUUCUUAUGGCUAUUUGUGACUCAAAUUAUUGCUUCCAAAUCAUCGAUGUAGGGUCAUUUGGUAAAGAAAGUGAUUGUAAUGUGUUUAAGACGUCAACGUUUGGUAAAAAACUUUAUGGCGAUAAAUUAAACUUUCCACCUGAACAAUGUCUACCGAACGAUGAACUUGGUUCACCACAACCAUUUGUUCUCGUGGCCGAUGAAGCUUUUGCUCUUCACAAGAACCUAUUACGUCCCUUCCCAGGUAGAACCUUAAACGACAAAAGGAGAAUUUUUAAUUACCGUUUAUCGAGGGCCAGGCAAUACAUCGAAUGUACCUUUGGCAUCAUGUCUAAAAAAUGGCGAGUUUUUCAAACAAAUAUUUUGGUUGAGCCAGAUGCUGCAGUUAUAAUAACAAAAGCUUGUUGUGUGCUACACAAUUUUGUACGUCGCCGUGAUGGCUUUAGUGUUGAAGAUACCAUGAGUAGUUCCUGCAUGGAGAGUGUUCAAAGAAGAGGAGUAGGAAACAUUCAAAAAAAUGCCAAAGACGUCAGGGAGUAUUUUGUAGAGUACGUCAAUAACCCGAACCAUGCACUUGACUGGCAAAAUACAAUAAUUGGCAAAUAA